AACCAGCGCACUUUCUGCUGCUGCUUUCGGCAGUGAGAAAGCAACCGGAUUCACAGGCGGAGACAGGGGGUUGGGGGCGGGUUGGGCUAGGCUCCCCUCUCUCACUGACGUGUUAGGCCAAGCAGGGUUCGAGGAGACAGGCGGUUUUGCUGUAGGGGAGGCAGUCUGGGGCAGUUUGGGAGACGAGUUAGGCGUAGCAGGGCUAGGGAGAGGCGGGGGAGGAGGGGCAGGAGGAGGGGGAAGGAGGAGGGACGGAGGGGGAAUGGGGAGGUGGUUUUGCGUGGCACGCAGGCGUAUGAGCCCCAGGUAGUGGUGGUAUGGCAGUUGUUGGAUUCCAGAAUCCAGGAGAUUCUUUUGGACGCUCUCACUCUCCUCCUCCCCCACUCCUCACUCGCUCUUCCGCCCAUUCCUCCUCCCCCUCCUCCACCUCCCCCUCCUUCUCUUCUGCUUACACUCCCAGCGCCACUGCUCCUGCUGCUUCAGCAGCCUCCCGAACCAAGGAGCUGGCUCCGUACCUGCAGGAUCGGUGCCACGAGUGUAUGAUGCGGCUGGUGGGGCUGCUAGCAAGCAGGCUUGGAGACCUUCAGAAGCAGCAGCAGGCUGAAGAGGCAAGCAGAGGAACAGGAGAGAAUGGAGAAGUCGAGAAAGACUGUAAAUCUGAGGCAGCGGCAGCUGCGCCAGGGGGAGUAGCAACUUCAGAUGAGGGAUUAGGAUCCAACGGUCCAGAUGCAGUGAAUGCUCUAGGGGGGCUACCCGCACAAGUGGCAGUGGAGCAGGCUCUCCUGAUUGGACGGCUGGCGGCGGCAGUAGCGCAGAGCUCCUCCUCUCUAGCUGUAGCCCUGGGCCCAUCUUCCACCUGGUCGGCUGUAGCAGCAGCUGCUGCCGCUACAGGUAGUGAUGGCGCUACUGCUGCUGGUGCUGAAUAUUCUCCUGAGACAGCUGCUGCGGAAUCAGCUUAUGGGGUGGCACCAGGGGCUACAGGAGCUGCAGCUUCGGAAGCUAGUAGCAGGGCAGCUUAUAACGGGGAUGCUGGAAGGGAUGUGGCAAGGGCUGGGGAGCCGAAGUUACAGUGGCCGGCGCAAGAGGUUGUAGCGAAUAUAAUCGCUGCAACAGUGGCAGGGGGUGGCAGCAGUGGCAGUGGCAGUAGCGGUGCACUCAUCUGCUCGCCUCUGCGUUUUCGGCACAAUCUGCUGCAUGACCCGGCUCUUGCCACCACCACGCCCCUCAAGGGCUGGGAGGAGACGGUAGUGCAGCAGGAGGAGGAGGAGGGGGAGGCGAAGGUCGAGAUGCGCAUGACGCUACCCGCCUGCCCCUCGCCCUACGUGGCGGCUUUGCUCUUUGCUGCCUCAGCUGACGUGCACCGCGCGGGCUGCCACUCCCUCGACCGCCUAGUACUGAGGCUCUUUGCCUGGCAGCUGUCAGACCAGGCCUUCCAAGCCUACGAGACCCUCACCACCACUCAGCGUGUAUCUGAGAAGGGCGUGCUCCAGCUGCUGUUUGAUGUGCGCCUGCUGGCAGACGUGCUCUCCGGUGGAGCAGACCUGCCGCUAGAAGCGCUCCGGCUCAGCAGCGCUUCACCACCAGCAGCAGCAGCGGGGGGAGCAAGAGGGGGGCAACAGCAGGAGGGGCAGGGGCGGGGAGUAUUGCUGCGUCAGUGGCAGCGAGGAAGAAGCGAGUCGGGGCUCUGCUGGAGAAGCUGCAGGAUGAGCUGGACCCCAUCGACAGAGCAGCCUAUCUGCCCUUCCUGUGGCAGAACCAGCAGCGCUUCUACCUGCGCUCGGCAGUGCUCUUCGGUCAUCUGGCCCAGCUUCACCGGCUCUACACUGACUCUGCGCCCCGCCACCCCUAUGCUACGGACGCCAAUACGCUUGACACGGCACCGACCGUUCCGCGCUUCACAUUCCUCCCUAUAAGGCAAGUCACGUCCUCCGUAUAGGGUAACUCGCUAAUCAGUGCUCUUCGGCCAUCUGGCCCAGCUUCACCGGCUCUACACUGACUCUGCGCCCCGCCACCCCUAUGCCAUGGAUGCCAAUACUCUUGACACUGCACCGACUGUUCCGCGCUUCACCUUCCUCACUAUAAGCUCUCCUCUUCUGACCAAUGGGGGGUUGGCACCUGGCGGUAAGCCCCGCCGUCCGUCCACCUUUGGAGACGUCUCACUAUCCGUUUCUGGCUCUGGCAGCAACAGUAGUGCACCGGCUUCCCGAGUGCCUAGUGGAGGGGCAGGAGCAGGGGCGGUUGCAGCAGCAGCAGGUGUCAGUGGUAGUGGGUUUGGCAUGGGGGGAGGAGCGUGGGGAGAGGAUGGGGCUCUUGGAGGGGCGUUCUCGUUUGCAGAUUCAACAGGGCUUUCAGCUACGCCCAUCUUCAAGUCACUUAUGGGUCAGGUCAAGCUGGGGUCAAUUCUCGGCGAUGGCAGUCAAGUGACUCGCAACAUUUCCAAUUUACAGGAAAUGUUCAACCAGCCAUCACAAGCAGGUGGACUCUUCUCUUCCUUGACCAGUGCAGCUGCUGGCAGUUCGUCUCGUCUCCAAGAGUUGUUUUAAAAGUAGAAUUGCUACCUUUGAUGAAUGUGUGCUAGUUGACUUGUUAGUGCUUUGAUCUUCAUGUAGGCACGAAUCAGUGUUCCUUUUUUACUCAUUUAUACAUGCGAGUUCCAACU